AUGUCAUAUGGUGGUGGCUAUUCCGGAGGCCGUGGGGGCUCCGGCGGUUACGGACGAGAAAAUCACAAUCGUGAUGCUGGCUACGGCAGCUAUUCCAACAGUGGGCACGGAGGUCAAUCAGGCGGAGGGGGCUACAACAACAACAACAGUAGUGCAAAUGUGAAUGGAUAUAAUGGUGGCGGCGGUAACGGAUAUGGAAAUAAUAGCUUUGGAGGAGGAGGCGCUGGAGGCGACCGCAUGUCCAACCUUGGUGCCAAUCUCCAAAAGCAAUCUUGGGACAUGAACAACCUUCCUAAAUUCGAAAAAUCUUUUUACAAAGAAGAUCCAAAUGUAACAUCCAGAUCUGAAGCUGAUGUCAUCAAAUUCCGUACCCAGCACGGUAUAUCGAUUCAAGGACGUGAUGUUCCCAGGCCGGUCGAAAACUUUGAUGAAGCUGGCUUUCCCGGCUACGUUAUCAAUGAAGUUAAAGCGCAGGGAUUUCCAGCUCCCACUGCUAUUCAGUCUCAAGGAUGGCCGAUGGCCCUUUCAGGUCGUGAUGUAGUGGGAAUCGCAGAAACAGGAUCAGGAAAGACCUUAACAUAUUGCUUACCAGCUAUUGUACACAUCAAUGCACAACCUCUCUUAGCUCCAGGAGACGGUCCGAUUGUGCUCGUUCUUGCCCCAACUCGUGAGCUAGCUGUGCAGAUUCAACAAGAAAUCACCAAGUUUGGAAAAUCUUCUCGUAUUCGCAACACCUGUGUAUACGGUGGAGUACCAAAAGGUGGUCAGAUCCGCGAUCUAGCUAAGGGAGUAGAGGUUUGUAUUGCCACCCCGGGACGACUUAUCGACAUGCUUGAGUCGGGAAAGACUAACCUGCGCCGAGUUACAUAUCUCGUCCUCGAUGAAGCUGACCGAAUGUUGGAUAUGGGAUUUGAACCCCAAAUCCGAAAGAUUCUUGGGCAGAUCCGUCCGGACAGACAGACUUGCAUGUGGUCCGCAACAUGGCCAAAAGAAGUGCGCAACCUCGCAUCAGAUUACUUACACGAUUUUAUUCAAGUUAACAUAGGAUCUCUUGAGCUGUCUGCUAAUCACAGGAUUACGCAAAUUGUUGAGGUUGUCUCCGAGUUCGAAAAAAGAGAUCGGAUGACCAAACACCUCGAGAAGAUUAUGGAAGAUAAAGACAAUAAAAUAUUGAUAUUUACAGGGACGAAAAGGGUUGCAGAUGACAUAACACGUUUCCUUCGCCAAGAUGGAUGGCCAGCUCUAUCCAUUCACGGUGAUAAACAACAAAAUGAACGAGAUUGGGUCUUGAACGAAUUCAAGACUGGAAAGAGUCCAAUCAUGGUUGCCACAGAUGUGGCUUCUCGUGGUAUCGAUGUCCGGAACAUUACCCAUGUACUAAACUAUGACUACCCUAAUAACUCUGAGGAUUAUAUUCAUCGGAUCGGUCGUACAGGUCGCGCAGGACAAAAAGGAACAGCGAUAACUUUCUUUACCACUGACAACUCUAAGCAGGCACGAGAUCUCGUUUCUGUUCUUACUGAGGCAAAGCAGCAGAUCGACCCUCGGCUAGCAGAAAUGACCCGCUAUGGAGGUGGCGGUGGCGGUCGAUAUGGAGGAGGAGGCGGUGGCUACCGUGGUGGGCGCGGUGGUGGUCGUGGUGGUAAGUCUGCUUUGAAACUAAGUAAAAGCACAGUUUGA